ACUGAGGAGCCAGGAUCACGGGAUUUGCCUCUGGAGCUCGUGCUUUGCAUAUGAUGCAUUACAAAUUUGCUUGACAAAUAUCAAGUGGUUGGUUGACUCCAAGAGCAGGAGAUAUAAGCAGAGAUAAAAACAAGAGAAAGACUUAAAGCUCAUGUUUUGUUUCACAUGUGCAGAGACUGUGGACCUGUAGAUCUACUGCUUGAAGGAGAACACACAAAAUAAACAUGGAAUGCAAAGAGGAAAUCAGUGACUCGGACAGUGGGAUCAUCCUAAAUUCUGGUCCAGAUAGCCCAACGUCUCCUGUGAAGGACCUAAGCACACAUACACGGGCCAUGAGGCUUAAACACCAGGCCCUGGAGGACAGGCUGGAACAGUGUCUUUUGGAGCUGAAGAAACUCUGUAUUAGGGAGGCUGAGUUAACUGGAAAGUUGUCAUCUGACUACCCUUUGAGAGCUGACGAGAAGCCUCCACAGGUCAGGCGACGGAUUGGUGCAGCCUUCAAAUUAGACGAGGGGUUGAUUCCCCAGGACAGGGAGGAAUCAGAGCUGCGUGCACUUGAGGCCGACCUGGCUCUCCACCAGCAGAUUUACGAGGCAGUGCGAAGGCUGUCACUCGAGGAGAACCUGAGCAAGCCAGUGAGGAAGAGCCGUCUACAGCAGUGCAAGCAUGAAGAGAGGAAGGUAAAAGAGCUGCAGGAAGCUGUGCUGAAACAUCACGUGAGCCAUGGCUGCGUCUCGCCACAGACCUGCUGCUCCUCCAGACAGCCAGACCUGUGCAUAUCAGAUGACAGCUUGCUGUCCGAUGCUGUGACCCUUGAUGACGGUAAGGGUUGUAUCCCUUUACACUACAUACACUGUGUCACUUUACACUGCGGUGUCAUACAUUGGAAAGCAAAUGUUUACGCUCACUCAGCUACUUCUAUGUGGACAGAGUUCGAGGUGAGCCCACUCUCCCCAAAGGCACCUGACUCUGAGCCCAGGUUGCAGUGCUUGGUGACCCACAUUCUUUCCCCCAGCCGUGGCCCACUGCAGGCCAGCUCCAGCUCCCGCAUGGAGUAUGAGCACUCGCCUGUGCAAAACUCCCCAUGGAGAGAGUCCAGUCUGGAUGAGCCCUAUGAGAAACACAAGCAGGCUCCAUCUUCCAGCAGCAGCACGUCAAGUCCGACAGGAACCCUGACAGAGCUGGGACUGGCGGACAUACCUCCUGCACCCCAGUUUGUUUUCAAAAGCCUGGCUAUGCACAACAAUCACUCCAACAGUGCCCCCUCCACCCCGGAGCUGCCACUACGCCGCCACAUUUCUCAGUCCUUUAGGCUUCCAAGAACCAAGCCAGACCCAAGCAAACCUAACUUGGACCUGAGCCGUGGGCGGAGCAAGCUCCCUCGCCGCCAUGUCACUGACUUCGCCCUGGUCUACUCUGUCCAGCGGCUGUAUCAGUGCAGCUCGGAAGAUAGCAGUUCAGAGCACUCUGUGUCCUCGUGUGCAAGCUCAUCCAGCCGGGACUCCACCUCUGAGGGGAUCAAAGUCUGCCCGCCUCCUUAUGGUUACCGCCAGUACCAUGCUGCACACAAAGCACCGGGCAAACAGCCUUCUAUGCCACUCCCCAAAAACAGCAAGGUCCGUCCUACAGCCAGCUCCUGCCAGCACGCCCAGCCUACAUCCCAGUCUACGUCCCAGCCCAGCAGCCAAGAUAGCACCCCUCUCAGGGGGGAUGUGGGAAAGCUGAACCCAGUGGUGACCUCGCUGGCUGAACCAGUGAACAUCAACAAGAUGCAGCAGCCAGAUUCAACUAAACGUGUGCAUAAGCCACCUCUGCCAUACCCCAGUCUGUGUCGUGGUCCUUCACUGAAGGAGCAUCGCGAUCACCCCAUAAGGCUACUCCCCCGGGAGGUCGUAUCAAACGACCUCAGGUCCUGGCAUCAGAGGUACACCACUGAAGACAUAAAACCCCGGGCACUAGAACGACAUGGGUUUAUGCAUGUGAAAUGUCUUCCAAACCAAGAGCCCCCUCCAUACCACCAGAUCCAACCUCACAGACAGGCUCCUCAGAAAGUGAUUCUGCAGAGGGCCCCUGAUGGGACUCCUUUACAGUGGUAUGAAGAAGAUGACUGUGAGAUUGUAAGCCAGGUCUAACAACUGUCUGCUGGAAUCAGCUAUGCACAACACAAACGUCCUGUCAGGCUUCGCUAAACAUAUUUUGAAACAUUUUUCGUACACAACCUUUUUAUCUAUUUAUUGAGCCAAUGGACUCUAUUAAUGCCUUCAGGUAUAAUGCUGGUAACAUGCUGAUUCUCAACAAGAUUUUGACCAAAAAGUGAAGCUGGCUAAAUGCUUAUGGUGCAUCUUUAUAUUCACUGUUACCCUUACAUCACUGACUGAAAUUCAAGUCUGAGACUUAUUUGUAAGGCAUCAUGCCACAUAUUUAGUGAAAUUAUUAUUAUUAUUAUUAUUAUUAUUAUUAUUAUUACUGUGGUGUGCUACAUUUUUGUCUAUGACAACAAUUGCUAUUUAUGCUAUUGCUAUUUCAUAACAAUUCUCAUAAAAAGCAAUUUCCAGGUAUAUCUUUGUGUCUGGUACACAGUUUUACAUUUAAAAAAAGUAUUUCUUAGUUUUUUUAGAGCCUCAAUUAUUUAAUGUAAUGCAUUACAAGUUUAUAUAAUAUUUAUGUUUUUUUUAUUAUUAUUUCUUGCUAAAUUAAGCUAGAUCUUUUCCUAACACUUCUGGAAUUUAUAUAUUUAAAUGUUUUGCUAGAUGCUGCUAUGCUGUUUUGUAUGAUUAUAGGCAGUCUGUUAGCCUUAAUGUACCUGCACAUAUCUUCCUUUUUCAGGUGAUAUAAAGCAGCUGUCCAUCAUUUUACUAAAUGUACUAACCAUUUAAAACAUAUUUUAUGUUAUUUAUAA